AUUAUCCGAAUUCAAGUUUUUUCUUUCUUGUAAAAAAAAAGGUUUCAAGUCAAAAAAAGGAAUGGGGAGAAGGGGGGAAAAAAAAAGCUACAGCCUGUCCUUUUCUCCUCUCUGCACUGUCUCCUCCCUCUCCCACCACCGUCUUUGAUCGACUCUCUGCCCUCUUCUCCUUUCUUCCCCUUUUUCUUUUUCUGGCUGGUUUCGUUCCAGUUUCUGCUGUGUUGAAUUGGUAGGGCACUGCCAAAAUAUAUUCUUCUCCUUCUUCGCCCGUUCUUCGAUGCGUAUCUUGUUUCCCUGCAAAAGCAUUCUCCUCAACUGACCCAAAAAGCUAGAGAGGAAGAGAGAGCGCGCCAAUGGCCGGUCAGGGAAUUCACUGCGUUUUAUAUUCCCAGUCUUGUCGUUUUAUGUUUCUUUUAUAAAUGGUGGGAUUUGUUUUUGUCUCUUUAUACAUAGGAAAUGAUUAGUGAGUCUUUAGGCUUUAACUUGUUGAAGUUGAAUGGGUGAUUAUAUAUAUAAAUUAGGGCCCAAAUUCCUGGGCGCGAUCGGCCGUACAUGAAAUGGUCGGCCCAUAAAAAGCAGAUUAAUAGGAAUAUUUAAUACUAAUGAUGACUGAUGAACAUAGACAGGAAUGAUAAUACUAAUAGAUUGCAAUUCAAAUCCCAAUGGACUAAUGGUCUGGUUUAACCAAAACACCCCCUCCAUGUCCAGCUCUCUUUGUUUCCCUCUUGGAUAGGUUCAAUUACUAAACAAACUUGGGAAAUUAUUAAAGAUAGAUCGAUGAUGCAUGAAACACUGUAUAUUAAAGUAUUAUUCUGUAACUCAAUCGCAAAAUAGCUCAAUCGAUGAGGCUUUAUUUAUAUUAACAGAAAAAGUUUCAUUUGAUGUAACAUUGAAUGUGCAGUGGUUCGAGUCCCGUUGUGUCGAACUUUAUUCUAAUCAUUGAGUAUCCAUUCCUACCCAUUAAUACAUACAUAUCUCACUACUCUCAUGAUAGGGUUUGCGGUGGCAUCGUGUACCAAGAGAGUACCAAUAUGAGUUUUGAAACUCAUCCUAUAUGAAUUAUGUUUUUUGCAACAAUCAAUAUCCACCUCAACUAUAUUCUUGGUUGACUCUUGUAUAAUGACCGUCCUACUCGCUGCUUCGGUUGUACCCUGCAUAAUGACCUCUUAGUUAUGAGAUUGCUAUGACAGAUAAUUCUGAACUAUGUGUAUCUUCUCUAUUUUAAUUAUCAACUACAACUCAAUCAAUUUAUCGAUCAAAAUCACUUAGUUAGUUACUAAAAUUUGUUGGCUCCACCUACCUUUAGUGUGUGAACCUAAUAAAAAAGAGAACAAAUUCCAAACAAAUAGUAGGACUACUAGUAUGAUUAGGGGCAACUAAGCAAGACAAAAAGAUUGGAUUAAAGAGAGCAAGGUUGGGUUGCAAUUUGCAAACAAAGGAUCACUCACCCUUUCAAAGUAAUAAAGUGAAAGUCCAAAGUAGGAGACAGCCGAAUGCCAAAGAUUGCGUGCCUCCCAAUAAAAGUACCAUCUCCAAUUCUCCAACCCCACCACCUCCCCAAUCUUUUCACAUAUCCCCUUCGCAUCACCACACUUUUCAUUUCCUUCCAUUUCAACCCCCAAAUGUCACGAAAAGGAAACCUAUCUUCCCCUACUCUACAAAGUACAAAUCCCUCACCCAACUCAUUUCCUACAGACAAGGCCAAAACCCUUUUCCUUUGUCCGCUCUCUCUCAUUAAAAAAAACAAAAAUGUCCAAGUCAUCAUCGCCGCCGGCGAUCAACCCUUCCGACUACUCCCACAGCGCCAUCCACCACGCCGUCGCCCUCCGCGACCACACAACACUCUCCCGCCUCAUCGCCUCCCUCCCGCGCCUCCCCGAACCUUCCUUGGUCCAGACGGAAUCCGAUUCCCUCUCCCAAGAGCUGAUCGCCGACAAAAUCGCGGCGGUCGUCGACCGCCGCGACGUCCCGUUUCGAGAGACGCCGCUCCACCUCGCCGUCCGCCUCAACGACGCGUUCGCGGCACGCACGCUGGCCGCGGCUGGUGCCGACGUAUCGCUCCAGAAUUCGGCCGGGUGGAACCCGCUGCAGGAGUCGCUCUGCCGCCGGCUCCCGGAGAUCUCCUCCACUCUGCUCCAGCUCCACCACCGCUCCGCCUGGGCGAAAUGGCGCCGCCGGCUCCCCCGCCUGGUGGCGGCGCUCCGCCGCAUGCGCGAUUUCUACAUGGAGAUCUCCUUCCACUUCGAGAGCUCCGUCAUCCCCUUCGUCGGACGAAUCGCGCCUUCGGAUACCUACAAGAUCUGGAAGCGCGACGGCAACCUCCGCGCGGACACCUCGUUGGCCGGAUUCGACGGGUUGAAGAUCCAGCGCGCCGAUCAGAGCUUCCUCUUCCUCGGGGACGGCGGCGCCGCCGCCGUCCCCCCUGGCUCCCUCCUCGUCCUCAAUCGCGAUGAGAGGAAAAUACACGACGCGUUCGAAUCCGCCGGAGCUCCUCUCUCCGAAUCGGACAUCGCCGGGUUCUGCUCCCAGACGAGCGUGUACCGGCCGGGGAUGGACGUGACGAAAGCCGAAUUGGUCGGCCGGACGAACUGGCGGAGGCAGGAGAAGAGCGAAUCGAUCGGCGAGUGGAGAGCCAGAGUCUACGAGCUUCACAACGUCUCAUUCAGCUUCCGAUCGAGGAAAUUCGUCAAUUCGGACACCGAAUUGGCCGGCUGCGAACAGGUCUUGCCCUUGGAGCUCGACGAAGACGACGACGGUUUCUUCGUCGCCGAGCUCCCGAAUUUCCCGGCGGAUAACAAGGACCAGAGGCGGCACAGCAGCUUCGUUAGAGAGGAAAAGUACAGCGGCAGCAGGCACAGCAGUUUCACGCGGGACGAAAGGGAAUUGGUCAUGGUCGGGAGAAAAUCUGUUGACAUAAUCCCGUCAACAUCUUCGGCGUAUUCCGCGGCGAGGAAUCGGGUGGCGGCUGCGGCGGCUGCGCCGCCGACACCAACGCCGCAGACGAAGGAGAAAGAGUACGUGAAGAGCUUGCGGCCGUCUGUUUGGCUGACGGAGCAGUUCCCGUUGAAGACGGAGGAGCUGCUUCCGUUGCUCGACAUUUUGGCUAACAAGGUGAAGGCGGUACGGCGGAUGAGGGAAUUGCUGACGGCCAAAUUUCCGGCGGGGACCUUCCCGGUGAAGGUGGCGAUUCCGGUGGUUCCGACGGUGAAAGUGGUGAUCACGUUCACAAAGUUCGUCGAGCUGCCUCCGGUGGACAGAUUCUACACGCCAUUGUCGAGUCCGAACGUGUUGGGGGAUGGCGACGAGAAGAAACAAGAGGAGUCUCAGUACUCCAGCGCAGCAUCGAGGUGGUCCUCGUCGACGUGGCUGCGACGAAACAGUGACGUCCAGUCUAGCAAUAGCAAGCAGCACCAGCAGCAGGCUAAGUCGUCGAGUGCUCCUCAGGCUGCGAUCGAUCCAUUCAGCAUACCGAGCGGGUACACAUGGACGAGCUCGGUUGUAGGUGGAGGUGAUGGUGAUGGCGACGGUAUGACUACUGCUGCUGCUAGAAUGAAGAAAUCCAAGUCGUCUGUUAGGAGAUCGAACAAGUAAUUAUUGUUAAGGAAGAUUGGCUAUAGAUUAUUGUUAGUGAGUUAGAGGAGUGAUCAAGUUCUUCAUUUCUUCUUUGGCUUGAAAGUAAAGAGGUAUAUUCAUUUUUAUGCAACCUUAGUGCAGAUAGCGUUUACCAUCGUCGUAAGUAGAGCAUUAAAAUUUCUGGGUUUUUACCAAGUUGGUUAUCGUCGUGUUGAGCAGCAUCAUAAUACAGCAAUCUGCCAUAUUAGGUUUUAACUUAUGAACCCUAUUUUUGAAUAUAUAGUUCGGCUAGGC